AUGUCCACGUCGGACCUCGACCUCGACCAGCUCUCACCCAGUGAGAGAACUGCUCUUGAAACAUACACCUCUGUUACAGGUCAAGAACUAACAGAUGCUAUACCUUUAUUACGCCGGUCACAAUGGAAUGUUCAGAUUGCGAUUGCCAAGUUCUUUGAUGGCGAAGGCCCAGAUCCGCUUGAAGAAGCCCGUGCAGCACUUCCUCAGUCUCCACCUCCCCAGGUGAACCGGCAAACACGGAACUUGAUGACCGAGGAUAUCACCGAGCAACUGUCAUUAGCUGCACGGACCACAGACCCAGCGCCCCGAGUCGAUAUUCAAUCUGAAGAUCAACCCACCUAUCGCCCACCUUUUAUAAUUGCCCUACUAUUUACGCCCUUUAAUCUGGUUUACCGACUCCUGUUCAGCUCAUUCCGCCUCUUCGGGACAUUGUUCCCUUUUCUACCCCGACUGUUCAAUGCUACAGCAAAUCCGGCACUCCAGGGGGCUCGGCGAAAUACCACCGGCCGCCGCUCUCUCGGGCCAAAAGAUACCGCAGCCCGAUUUAUUCGUGAGUUUGAGGAAGAGCAUGGAUCACACCCAAUCCCAUUUUUGGAGAACGGAUACAACAUGGCAAUGGAGAAGGCACACCGCGACCUGAAGUUCUUAUUGGUGAUCCUGAUAUCACCCGAGCAUGACGACACGCAUGGCUGGGUACGUGAUACUUUGCUGGCGCCAGAAGUCGUGGAGUUCAUCAACGACCCUCGCAACAACCUUUUAGUAUGGGGUGGAAACGUUCAGGAUUCCGAAGCCUACCAGGUCGCCAAUUCACUGCGGAUUACCAAGUUCCCAUUUGCAGCGGUGAUUGUGCACACCCCGAACGUGUCCUCGACCGCAAUGUCGGUGGUUGGCCGUGUUGCCGGACUCACCGCACCAACCGAAUUCGUGAACCGGCUCCGCACUGCUAUUUCUUCGAAUCAGGAGCCUCUGGAGCGUAUCCGGUCGACCCGUGCCGAGCAACAGGCAUCUCGCAGCCUGAGGGAACAGCAGGAUUCGGCGUAUGAGCGAUCCCUCGCGAUUGACCGAGAACGGGCUCGCCAACGCCGGGAAGCAGAGGCAGCUCAACAACGGGAGGAACAGGAGGCGGCAGAUCGCCAAGCCGCAGAGGAGAAGAGACAGCAAGAUCUGAUACAGUGGAAACAAUGGCGGGUCCAGUCCUUGCGGCAGGAGCCGGAUCCCGACGCUAAGGAUGCGGUGCGCAUUAGCGUGCGACUACCAUCUGGAGAGCGGAUCAUGCGGCGAUUUGCACCUGACGCUGACAUCGAGGAGCUCUACGCGGUGGUGGAAUGUUACGAAGAAUUACAAGGAGGAGAGACUUCGGCCGUGUCUGCACCUGUCGGAUUCGAACACCAGUAUGGCUUUCGCCUGGUUUCACCUAUGCCUCGGGCGGUGUAUGCAGUGGAAGAUGGCGGGACUAUCCGUAAUAAGAUCGGCCGGGGUGGCAAUCUCUUAGUGGAGCCGAUUGUGGAGGAUGACGAAGAAGACGGGGAGGAAGAGACCUCAUGA